AUGGAAAAGGCCUGCACAAACCUCACCGAAGUCGUCCGUUCCGUGCGGCUGUUCAAGAUCGAUGGGUUUAGCAUGACCAUGGGCAUAGGCAGGGACUACAGCUUCAAUUCCAGAUGGAGUUUCGACGGGUAUGAUUGGGAAGUCCGUAUUUAUCCACGGACCAAUGAGGAAUUCAAUCGCUCCUGGGUGUCACUACGUCUUAUCUUUCUAAGUGAAGCCCGCACGUGUGCUGUGAGGACGACUCUACGCUGUUGCUUGGUAGAUCCAACAGGAAGGCUUAAGCCGUCUGAAGAAGAUUGCAGGUCAAUAAUAUUCAGGAAACCCCAAGAUAGCUCAUCUCAAGUGCCCCUCAUAACAAGAUGUGAACACCUCGAAUUAUCGGGUUAUGUCAAGGAUGACUCUUUUACUGUGCAAUGCACCCUUGAGGUUUUCAAGGAACUACCAGAUGUAGCAACGGUCUCCCUGAAAGAAGUGCAUCUCCCACCCUCUAACUUGCACCUGCAAUUUGCUCAGCUCCUUCAGAGCGAGACUGGAGCGGACGUCACAUUUCUCGUGUCUGGUGAGUCUUUUGCUGCGCACAAGCUCAUCCUCGCCGCAAGAUCCCCUGUUUGUAUGGCCGAGUUCUUUGGAGACAUGAAGGAGAAGUGCUCUCAGACUGUGGAGAUCAAGGACAUGGACGCUACCGUAUUCAAGGCCCUUCUUCAGUUCAUCUACACCGACACCGUGCCAGAAUUCGGACAACAGGUAGAGGCAGAUGUGGAGGCCAUCUAUACCGACACCAUGCCAGAAUUCGGACAGCAGGAGGCGGCGGUGACGGUGAUGGCUCAGCAUCUCCUUGCUGCCGCUGACAGGUAUGGACUGGACAGGCUGAAGCUCAUUUGCGCAGGCGAGCUCGCUGGUGGCAUCAACGUCAACACAGCAGCGACAACUUUGGCUUUAGCCGACCUGCACAACUGCCCGGAGCUCAAGGCGAGGUGUGUUGAGUUCAUCAUCAAAACUUCUGCCACUCUUGAUGCUGUGUUGGCGACAGAGGGGUAUAAGCACCUGGAGGCAAGCUGCCCUUUGGUGGUGAUUGACCUUUUCAAGGCUGCGCGUGGGAGAAAAAAUUGA